AUGCUCGUCAGCACCGGGCUUGCCUCUGCCAUCGCUCUUAACAUAGGUAUUUCUGCGGCUCCUGCCCUUCGAGAUGGCUCCCGAUACAUCCAGCUGCGCAUCUACAGCGAACCUGGCUGUUUCAAACAGAAUCGGGGCGAGAUGGGAAUUUAUGGUGACAAACUUAAUAAGUGCUGGACCUUCGGCGGUACCACUGCAAAGUCCGUACGCUUCGAAUACACGCUGCGUGACAACUGUACUGUAUCUGCCGUCGGAAUAUACCAAUAA